AAUAUGUAAUGUUUUUUUUUUUGCGUCAUAUUUAUUUACUAAAAAUUAUACUCCUACAUAAAUAAGGCUGUGUGAAUCCAUACGUUGGAUUUAAAACAUUUUAUUUACCAUUUGUAGAGCAGAUUUUUAGUUUUUAAGUGUUUAUCAUAAAAAAUAUGACAGAUGAUAGUACAAAGAGUGACAAAACCAAUAUAUCCAAUUCAAAUCAGGGUCUUACAACAGAAUUAACCAUGCCAAUACAAAUGGCUGGUAAUAAUCAGCUAUCGAGCAGUCUUUCAUCGAAUGGAAAACGAAAAAGUGCAUUUUCUUUGUAUAAACCAACCGCAACUGUAUUAACAAAUUUACAGCGAGGAAAUACCGAAGCGAGUGUUCAGGCUGAAAUCUCACUAAAUUUUCAUGAACGAUGCGGCCAAGGAGAAAUAACGGAGAUUCAGGCACGACAAUUACAGAAUAUCGACGAAAUAGAUAAGAAUAAUUUGACAGGAUUGCAUUGGGCAUGUUUCUAUGGACAAUUGAGUGCAGUUAAAAUUCUCAUAAAUUGUGGUGCAAAUGUAUCGAAACUGACACAUGAUCAUGUAUCACCUUUAUUAUUAGCAGCGGCCGGUGGUCAUCAUGAGAUUGUUAAAUUACUUCUUCAGAACGGAUGCGAUCCAGAUCAAACUGAUAUCGUGGGGAAUAAUGCUUUGAUGUUUGCCGCAGCUGGGAAUCAUCCACAUACGUGCCAUGAAUUGCUUAAUUAUAAACCAAAUAUAUUUCAAACGAAUGAGUAUGAUGAUACUGCCUACAGCCUAGCGGUUCAAAAUAACGCGAGCCUAGCUCAAGCCGUUAUCGAGAAUCAUGUUGUUUCACUACUUACCUCUUAAAUUUAAGCACACUACCUCUUUAAAUGUAAAUUAUAAUUGUUUUUGUCUUAAAGCGAAGAACAAGAAAAUCAAAUCAAUCUUUGUAAAAAUUGUGACCAGAGUAAUAUUUUUGUAUGUGUUUGAAAUACAUUGACGUAAAUCAUUAA